AUGUAUGAAAUAGAAGAUGUCAUUGAAAGAAGUAUACUCUAUAAAUAUACAUUUACAGUGCCAUCACAACAACAGAUUCAUUCACUGAAAGUAGGCAAUCUAGUGAAACUCAUCUUUAGAGAAUAUGAAGAUGAUGAAUUCGAUAAUCAAUCGGUUAUUCAAGUAGAUACGAGAAAAGGAGGAUCGCCUUUGCCAUCGCCAACCAGCGGAACCACCUCCACCAGUGGCAGCGUUAGCAAUAACACAUCGCCAAGCAUAAAGAAUGGAAUCGAUAAUGUAGGUGGCUCGACAUCACCAGCAGCCGCAACAGCAGCGCCAGUCACACCACAGGAAACUCAAUAUCAUGCCGAGAGAAUGUGGGUAAAGAUAACGUCGGUCGAUGACCAACAUCAACACUUUGAGGGAACACUCGACAAUCAACCAUUCUCGUUGAAAUCCAUCAUGUCAGGCGACCCAGUGGUGUUUCGUGCCAAUCAGAUCCUGAUGAUCUACGGCCAAACCAAUCAGAUAAGCUAUCUCUCGGACGAACAGAGAAUACUGACAUCGCAGUUCUGUCUUAUAUCUCGUAUGGCGCUCGACCAGAAAAACGGUGUUGGCUACAUCUUUAGAGAGGAUCCAAGCAAGGCUAUCGCCAACGACAGUGGCUGGCGAAUCUUCCAGGGCGACGAAAGCGAUGAAUACAUGGAAAACAAAUCAAACUAUCAAACGACAACGAUUGCCGCCGUCUUGAACCAAGACGAUACAUUCCUUCAUCUCUUACAAUACCCAGUUGAUACUUGUUUCGAAAAAGAUUCCAAUGGUGUUUGGAAAGAAAUUGUAUAA